CAAUCAGCGUGCGAGCGGUGAAGAAGGAGGGGAGGAGCCUCCGCGCAAGAUGCAGUGCGCCGCGCGACUGCGCUGCGGGAGCCGGAACGGAGCCUGGGACCUGGUGGAAGCUGGGUUGAAAAAUUAGACACAUCCAGAGGCUUGUGGACUGAAGAAGUGUUCCUCUCCCACCGGCAAGCUUCGCCAUGAUUCACAGCCUUUUCUUGAUCAACUCCUCUGGAGAUAUUUUCCUAGAGAAACACUGGAAAAGCGUGGUCAGCCGUUCUGUGUGCGAUUACUUUUUUGAGGCCCAAGAGAGGGCCACGGAGGCAGAAAAUGUGCCUCCGGUUAUCCCCACCCCACACCACUACCUCUUGAGUGUUUACCGACACAAGAUCUUUUUCGUGGCUGUGAUUCAGACAGAGGUCCCGCCUCUGUUUGUCAUUGAAUUCCUUCACCGAGUAGUGGACACAUUUCAGGACUAUUUUGGAGUCUGCUCAGAGCCAGUGAUCAAGGACAAUGUGGUUGUGGUCUACGAGGUCUUGGAAGAGAUGCUGGACAACGGGUUCCCCUUGGCCACUGAGUCAAACAUCCUCAAAGAACUGAUAAAGCCCCCCACCAUUCUCCGGACAGUGGUCAACACCAUCACAGGAAGCACCAAUGUGGGGGACCAGCUUCCGACCGGGCAGCUGUCGGUGGUGCCUUGGCGACGGACUGGGGUGAAGUAUACCAACAACGAGGCCUAUUUCGAUGUGGUUGAAGAGAUAGACGCCAUCAUCGACAAGUCAGGUUCCACAGUCACCGCUGAGAUCCAGGGGGUGAUUGACGCCUGUGUGAAGCUGACCGGGAUGCCAGACCUCACCCUGUCCUUCAUGAACCCCAGGUUGCUGGACGACGUUAGCUUCCAUCCCUGUGUCCGUUUCAAGCGCUGGGAAUCUGAGCGCAUCCUCUCCUUCAUCCCUCCUGAUGGCAACUUUCGCCUGCUCUCCUACCACGUCAGUGCACAGAACCUGGUUGCGAUUCCAGUCUAUGUUAAACAUGGUAUCAGCUUCCGGGACAGCAGUUCACUUGGACGCUUUGAAAUCACAGUGGGACCCAAGCAGACCAUGGGAAAGACAAUAGAGGGUGUGAUUGUCACCAGCCAGAUGCCCAAAGGUGUCCUGAAUAUGAGCCUCACUCCAUCCCAGGGGACACACACGUUUGACCCCGUGACAAAGAUGCUGUCUUGGGAUGUAGGAAAAAUAAACCCACAAAAGCUGCCAAGUUUGAAGGGGACAAUGAGUCUUCAGGUCGGAGCUUCUAAGCCAGAUGAGAACCCCACAAUUAACCUGCAGUUUAAGAUCCAGCAGCUGGCCAUUUCUGGACUCAAAGUGAACCGUCUGGACAUGUAUGGAGAGAAGUACAAGCCCUUUAAGGGCAUCAAAUACAUGACCAAAGCCGGGAAGUUCCAAGUUCGAACCUGAAGGGCAUGGGUCACUGGAGGAGCAGUCACGGACACUUUUUCCUUUCUUACUUGUCUAAAAGUAAAAUGUCAGCCUGUUUCUUAGGUCAGUUCCCUCCAGGCUCCAUCUGCUCCCUUGUCUUCAGCCUUCAGUGCCAUGGAACUGAUCAAGGGAGAAAAGGUUCAUAGGGAAAACAUGGCCAAACCCAGCACGGCACCGAUUGAGUUCUAGAGACGUGUAUGGUGGAGAGCAGUGAUACGUGAUAUUGUAUCUCACUACUUUUAACAUGGUUGUCACAGCAUGGGGAAGAAAGACCAGCAUUUGCUGUUUGUUUGGUUUUCACUCUCUAGAUCCAGUGGAAGAUGUCUCUAUUGAAUUUUUUUUUAAGACAGAAAAAGUUGAAAGACCAAAAAAAAAAAAAAAAAUUGCAAGAAAAAUGAGUGUGAGUCCAAGAAAGACCAGUUGCAGAUUGGAUAUGUGGGUCUGGGUUGUAACUCAGUGGCAGAGUGCUGGCCUAGGUCGUGUACAAACCCCGGUUCAUUCCUAACACCGCCCGCAGUGAAAAACAGAUCUGCUGUAUGAGGGACAAGACAGAGGAGCUGAUAUGAAGAGAGUUGUGAUGAGAGACGCCCCAGUGAAGGACGGGAAAGUGAUCAGAGUUUCCACGGGGGUUACAAGGAGCAGGGUGGAGUGGUUUCUUUCUGACCCUUCUCAUGUAUAGAAAGGAUUUGCAUGCCCAGGACUUUCAAAGUUCAAGUCCACACUUGACGUGAAAUCGCAAUGGAAUCAGUUUCCCUUGGAGACUGGAGUGCUAUGGCCUGGCCUGUAGAAUCUCGCUUGGGCUUGCUAUCUGUGCUGGCCCAUCAUCUUGGUGGGAAGGUGACCUGCCAGAGCGGUUUACAGUCUUUUCCUGGUUAUCUGACUCCUCGGUGGGAGCUCCCCCAUAACGGUGUCUGGUGCAGCCAGAUUUUAUGAAUUAUAGUAGUGGAAUUGAGAUGGGAACUCAUGUCCCACGGAGUGGACCUUGCCCAUAUGCAAUGACUCCAUUAGUGUUUGUCAGGCUGGAUUGUCCCUAAGCCUUGCCCUUUCCGGUCUGAAGGUUCCCAUCAGAAGCCCCAAGUGGGCACGGGCAUACUGAGGACAUGAGUCCAUGAAGCUGCUUCCCACUGUCUGUACACUGUCAUCUACCUGUUGACAGCAGACAGCUCCCAGGCCACUUUUAAGAGGAAAAAAAAAAAAAGGCAUCUUGAACCUUUGAAUAAAAUCAAAUGCCAUAGGAGGGCAGACUGUGUUCUCUUGAGUGACCCACCAGUUUAAACCAUGGCAGCUGAAGGAGCAUGACUUUCCUAAAGAGCAUUUCUUAAUCUGUUCCAGUGUGUCCGUUGCUCAUUUUAAUAUCUACAUCAGUGGUGGGGUUUGUUGUUUUUAACUUAUAGCUUAGGGAGCGAGCGGCUUGUGCUCUGUUGUGCGCGGAGGGAAGAAAGAUCUGUUUCCUUCCGUCCGCACAACUCUCCCCUAAAGUCCUGUUUGUAAGUACUUGUGCUUAGUCAUUUUUUAUUUUUAUUUUCUGGCCAGUUUUAUCUUGCCGUGGCCAGUACUUAGUUUUGCUGCCAAGUGGAGUUUCACUGUGGUUUUCUUGUGGGGUGAACUGUGCUGUGUACAACCAGCUGAUUCUUACCGCUCCACUCCCGAAUCUGGACUAGCGUAGCUCCGCACACCAGUGUCGAAGGAGACACUCUGCAGACUUCUUUCAGAAUGGGAAGUCACUUCCACAGGCCCCGCAGGAUUCCGGGGUUUUUUGGGUCACAGGAAACUAUUGAUGUCAGUCCUUGAAUAUGUCUAGGAGGUUCCUUUAUUCCAUCUAGCACAGUAUAGCUUGUCUAUCUAGAAAGAGACAGUGUUGGAAUGUGGGACCUGCAGGCCUAGACAUCGUGGAUAUAGCCAGGCCUGGCUGUCCCCACCCAGCGACUGUCAGUCAGCAGGGGGGAUGUGCGGGGUGUCUCAGUAGCUCCUCACUCUGUGUGGGGUCCAUGUGCAGAAGUAGUAUUUCUGUUUAAGUCUUAAUAAAGCUUUACCAGUCUUCCA